AUCUGUGACUGAAGCAGAAAAAGAAAAAAGAAAGUGGAUACAAGGAAUCGAAAAAAAUCGCAUUGGUACAUAUCAGACAAAUUUGUUCAAGAAACGAGAAGUUAUUAAUAAAAUAGUGUCUAAAUAGAUUUCGUUUCCAUAGAAGUAGACAGUCCAAAAAUAUCAUAUCAAUUAAAACGUCCAGUGAAGCAGAAAAUAUCUAGAAAACACAUCUUGAAAAGAAAUGGAUUAGAACACCUUGGACGGUGAAGCAAUGUGAAGAGUGGAGUAAUUUCUAAGAAAAGCAAGAGUACACAACAAUAUUCUGUAACACUAUCUGCAAAACUAAUUUGUUGGAAAAAAUGUACUUAAAUUGAAUGACCGUGUUAUCGUUGCAAUAUAAUUGGGAUUUUAAACUUAAAAUGUUUCCACGAAUGUUGUAAUGUGUCGUGUUGGAGAAUUGCCAUGUCUGCAUGCACAAAACAAUGUCGAUUUCCGAUUUUUUUGUGUCCUGUUUGAUACCAAAUGGCUCAGCAAUAGCUAUUUGACAAGUGUUGUGGUAGAAUUCAUAAUUGUUUAAAGCGACCAAGGGUAUCUGUGUGGCUUGCUAUCGUGUGCCUAUACGAAUAAUGGGAGUUAUUUAAUUUUUGUUGAGAUUUCUCUGUUAUAAAUUUAUCUUGUUCAAAUUCGGUUAAUAUAAUAAAUUUUGUUAAUUGAGCGAAAUAAACAAAUUUGUACAUAAAUAUGUUAAAAGUCGCAAUCCAAUUUAAGUAACAGCCAAAAUAUAAGUAAAUCCCGUCCACGCCCACGUCUUGUCAACCGCAAUGAUAAAUUCGAUAAAAGAAGGAGUUAAGGACAGCGAAAUAUCUGAAGGCCUUGCCAGAUUGCCUUCCAAAAAAAUGCCGACCUAAAUUAUAGAACAUCUUCCAAGUCCUUUGUAUUUUAAAUAUAACGGACGUUCGUAAUUUUAAUAAGUGUACGUAUGCCCAUUAAAUUUGCAUCAUUAUAACAAAAAUAAAUAGCAAUUUACACAAAAUUUGAUCCAAGCAAAGUAUAUUUUGUUAACGCUUUAAGUGUAAAAAAAAACAACAAAUUGCAUUAAUACAUUUUUAAAUAACGAAAAGUGGUUUGCUAGUCAAACUUGAAGAUUGCUUGAAGUAGAAGAUAGAAAGUGGCAUGAGCCAUCCAUCAGGAUUCCGGAAAUAUGAUGAUAAUGAGUGUAGUGGGCCUAGACCACCAGUACCCGGAGAAGAAAGCCGAGUUAAAAAGAUGACCGAAGGGGUGGCUGACAGCUCCCGAAAUUCGCCACCUUCAUAUUUGAAUUGGGCUCGAACACUUAAUCAUCUUCUAGAAGAUCGCGAUGGAGUGGAACUGUUUAAAAAAUAUGUUGAAGAAGAAGCACCUGGGUAUAAUGAUCAAUUAAAUUUUUAUUUUGCCUGUGAAGGACUUAAGCAACAAAACGAUCCUGAAAAAAUCAAACAAAUAAUAGGAGCGAUAUAUCGAUUCUUACGAAAAAGUCAGCUAUCAAUACCUGAAGACUUGCGUCGAACAAUAAAAGCGGGCCUUAAAAAUGAAGUCCCACUCAGUUCGGAUAUAUACGAUUCAAUGCAGCAAUGUGUGGAGGCCACCAUACGUGACAACAUCUAUCCCAGCUUUCUAUGUUCGGAAAUGUAUAUUCUGUAUAUACAGCAAAUGUCAGUUUCACAUGAACGUUUUGGGAGUGGCACGGCUGGAUCCGGUAGCGGAAGUAGUAGUGGUGCUAGUUGCGGUAGUAGUGGAGCCGGCAUUGUGGCGUCGUCCAGUGGAGCUUGUGCGUUGCUCUCAAGUUCCGGCAAGACCCCAUCCUCGUCGGUAGCGCCAUUUAUUAAUUUGCCAAUCAGCGCUUCGACGGCUAAUGUACUACUUGGAAGUGCUUGCAGUGCAAGUGGAAGCGUCUAUGGUCCUUCAACUUCAGCUAGCUCCAGUGGCUCUGUUAGUGCAACUGAUACUCUGCCGCGAAGCUCCACAUUACCGACUCUGCAUGAAGAUUCGGAAUUGUCGCUUUGUGAUGAUCUUGAGAAGCUGCGUGUAGAAAGUAGCCGAACCUCAGCAGAUAUGCCGAUACGUCUUACCCACGAUCUACUUUUAGCAACUCAAAAGAGAAGACUGGAAAUACGGCCACCAGGGGCGCAUGGUUAUGUUUACCUUGCGAGUGCGAAUAAUACUUCUUAUGUUCCGAAUUCACGUGUGGAUUCGGAAAGGGCGAGCGUAAGUUCUGGUGGUCGAACUGAUUCCGAUACGAUGUCUCUUUCUAGUUGUUCUAUGGAUGGGCGGCCUUAUAUUCAAAGAAGACAUAGUUCAAAUGAAAGCAAAGCGAUACGCCAGAGUGCAAUGGCCAACAAAGAGACGAACUCGUUUCAAGUUAUACCUCGCACCCAACGUCUCCACUCGAAUGAACAUCGUCCUCUCAAAGAGGCUGAGCUGAUUGCAUUACUUAUUCCGAAGCUGGAGGAAGUGAAGCGCAAGCAAGACAUAGAGGAUCGAGCUCGAUUCGAGCGUUUUACGGAUGAUUCAAUACCGACAAAUGAAAGGCUUGCCAACGAUCGCGCAUUUGCAGAAGCGAUCCGUGAAAAAUUUGCAUUGGAGGAGGAUAACGACCAAGAUAUACUUGAUCAGCAUGUAUCAAGGGUUUGGAAAGACCAAACUCCUCAUCGCUCACCUGGUACCAUGUCACCAUGCCCGCCCCUACCAACUCGAAGACGUACAAUAACGCACGAUUCAGGAAUGCUUAGUGACGGAGCAAUGAGUAUAGGGGGUCAUUCUAUGAAGCACUCCAAGUCGAUGCCUGACCACAGUUCCUCCUCUAGGAAGCUAACAAAUAAAUGGCCUUCCAUCAAUACAGAUAGCGGAAUCAGUCUGUUCUCAGCCGAUACUCUUAUGAAGUACAAAGACGCCAGCUCACGAUCUGGUACAAGUACGGCCUCGAAAUCAGAAGAGGCAAAAAGAAGACUGGAAGAUGAGACCAGAAGGUCUCGUCGCUACACUCAACAAUAUACUACGCAGAUAUCACAACAACCACCAUCAUUCAGUAGCAGUAGUAGUGGAAGUAGUAGUUUACAUCACCAACCACAACCACCACCGCUACCCGCAAAGCCACUGGAGACUACAACUGUCGUAUUCUCUUUCUGUGAUGAAGAAUAUCCUUACAGAUCUAAGAUUCCCGGUUUGCAACCCACCCUCAAGCAGUUCAAGGACUAUUUGCCCAAAAAGGGCAAUUUUAGGUUCUUCUUCAAAACACAUUGCGAAGAUCCAGAAAGUCCAGUGAUACAGGAAGAGAUUGUAAAUGACAGUGAUAUUUUGCCGCUUUUUGAAGGCAAAGUGAUGGGCCUGGUGAAGCCAUCCGAUUAGGUCUAGGCUAAUAACUUAGCGAAAAACAAGGACAAGCAUAACGAGAUGAAAUAAUAACUGCAUCGAAAAGAAAAAGUAGCAGUAAUGAAUUAGUUUAUACAUAGGUUGGCGAAGCAAAAUGUUAAAUUUAAAAAUGUAUUUAGUGUAAGUGACAAUUGAAGAAUUAUACGAAAAACAAGUUUUGUAAAAAUAUUUUCAAAUUUUUAUAAAAGCAUAAAAUAUGUACAUAGAUAUUUUAAUUUAUGUAUUUUUUAAAUCAACAAUUGGUAUUAUUUUGUUAUAUCCAAUUUUUCUAAUCAAUCAACGUAUUUGUUAAGUUGCAAAUUACUAUCGGAGUGCGCAACGUAAUGUUUAUAAAACAUCACGAACACAAAAUCAAACAAUUGUUAAUGGAAAUGUGCUUUUAUGGACUGCCUGCAAUAUAUUUUGCUUAAAUAUAAGGCGCUGCUUUUAUUGCAGCAACAAUAUCGUUCACGAUCACCGAAAAUCAAAAGUAUCUUUAUAGGCGUUUAUUUAUAGUGAAUUUUCUUCAUUAUUUUUAUAUGUAUAACCUAAACGUAAUAAGUAACGUAUUAUUUAAUGAUUGUAUUCUAAGUUUUCACUAAGUAAUAUACGUAUUCAUACAUAUAUGAUGUAUUUGCACGCACUUUUUUACACGAAACAUUGCAUCGAUUGAGUUUUGCAUAGAAGGGACGCGAACCUACACUUGCACACACACUCACUUCCAAGAAUUGGCGAUUUCUACAUUUUGUGACGCUAAUGCAUACAACACCAACAGGUUAGCUUAAUGUGAACUCAAUUAAAUUAUUAAGUAUGAAUCGUUUAAAAUAAGCUACGUUCGCAUUCUUCAAUUAGUUCACGAUUGCUAGGAUAUUCAACUGACUUAUAAUCGAAAAUCAAAGAAUAACGAUAUUUUUUUAAGUAAUGGCCAAAAGAAAUGUCGAGUGUCAUCGAAAAUUUUGUUUAAAAAUGUAUAAACAAAGCUAAUUGAAAUAUAUUUAAGGGUUAAAUUAAGAAAAAUUUAUUUUGGCAGCAAACUUUCGAAAAUACAAAACAUAACAUGGAAGUGAUCGAUGAACAGCUGAACCACAACCAGUGUUCAUUUCCAUA